GCACAAGAAUUACAAGAACCACUUCAAAAUAAUAGUGUCGAAUCUUCAAUAUCUGCAACUAGUAUCAAAUCUUCAACAUUAACAAAUGCCACUAGAUAUCAAUAUAAAGUGCCGUUACAAAAUAACUCACCUUCAUUUCAUCGACAACGCUCACGCUCACCUUCAUUUCAUCAACAACGUUCACCCUCGCCUUCAUCUUAUCGACAACAUCUUUUUUUUAAACAAUCUAAUAAACGCUCAUAUUUUCCAUCUGCUAAUAAUGAAGAUAAAUCUUCAGAAGAUGAAUAUCUUAAUCCUGUGAUUUCUAAAGAACCAUUAUAUUCUCUUUUAAAUGUGCCAAAUACAAAUUAUAUUAAUUCUCAUUCAUCUAGUAAAUCAAAAAAUGGUCUCUUUUUUCAAGACGAAACACAACUCCUUCAAUGGUUAGAAACAC